AUGGGAGCCUAUACUUCCUGUUUUCAAGACGAGCAGCCGCCAGUUGGCGCUUCACUUCCGGUGGCCUGGAAAGAGGAUGAUUGGCCUAUUGGGCUACAUGGAAACGUUAUUCUCUGCCCGUUCGUCCCAAAUGCUCUCUCCUCACUUGACAAUAUUCGUGUACUGGAUCUGUCUCGAAACCAGCUGAGAAGUAUUACAUUCGGUGCGGGACCCAAGUCCAUAACCACCUUGAAUCUUGCACAUAACUCCCUCAGGUACAUGCCCGAUAUGAGUGCUCUGACCUCCUUGCGGUACGUCGACCUCUCCAACAACGAAAUCGAGACCGUGAAACCUUCUUACCUACCACCAAACGUCGAAUCUCUCCGACUGUCAGCUAAUAAAAUUGCUCACCUCACACCGUGGCCAUUUCUCAGGAAACUACAGAAGAAUCUAAUCAAUAUAUCACCAUUUGGAGGAAAUUAUGGUCAUACGUGGGUAGAAGCUUCGGUAAUUAGGGGUUGUUUUGCACGAUAUGCGUCAUAG